GCAUGGUUGUAAAUUUUGUCUUUAAUUUUAUCGACAUCAUUUAUCAGAUUGGAUGAAAAUAUCCAGAAUAUUACAGUUGUUGUCAGUAAGUUGAAAUGACAAAUUCUAAAUCACAUAUGUCUAAAAAUAUUUUUUCUAGGAAAGUAAACCACGGCAACACAUUCCCUGGACAUCUGAAGGAAAAUACUUCCUGAUCAAUUAUGCGGCAAUGAAUCCAAGAGGCACAGAGACUGUUCAGGAAUACUGGCAAAAAUGUGCUGAACAGAUAAAUGUGAAGUUCCCCGGAAGCAACAGAAAAGGACUUUUCAAGAGUCUGGCUCAGCGUCUGUUUGUGUCUCCGCAGUGCAGACAACCAGUUACUGUUACAAGCCGCACAGUUGAUGUUGGCACCCAAACAGAAGAUCAAAUAAGGACAGAUGACACAAAAUUAGAUUGGGUGUUUAUGCAGCCAACUAAAGACAUGCAGAGGUACUCCAAGCAACAGCACUGCCAAGAGAUAGGAUCGGAAACACUAAAGCAACGGAGGAUCUCAUUCCAGUUUUAGGGAUGGCUUAUGGGGCUUUGAUGAAGCAGAGAUAUUAUGCCCUAAAUGGUGUACAGAAGAUGAUUACUACUGCCUUAGCCAAUGAACAGACACAUAUGAAGAUGAGGCAUCACUACAGAUCAACAAGUUGUCAAAUAUAUACAAGGUGGAUAGUAUUAAAGUAUAUAACAUUCAAAAUGUCCUUCAGAAACCAUACUUUUCCUAGUCCCUUUCCUAGCAUUACACAUAACAAACUAAGGAAUCUGUUCUGGCAUUGAUUUCCACUGACACAAAGAAUCACUAGAGCUGUACACGCAUUGAAGGUACAAAGCAAAGUAACAGUUAUAUUAUUUCCAUCUGUAUUUACUUCACUUACAAAUUUGCUCUUAAUAAAAGUAUAUCUGUUUCUGUGGCUAUCACUGUAACUUCUCUUACAACACAACGAGACAUUUAGUUUUAAAGGUUUUCAUUGAAAAACCUGGUGAAAAGAAUGGGGUAUGUCGGAAGGCGGGUGGAAAGAUGGACCUACCAAUCUCUUAAACAUAGGCUGCAAUAUAUAUGAACAUUUACUAUAAAAGUCAUUUAUCUGAUCUGUAAUGUAACUUGAUUUAUAUUUAACUCCCUCUACUUCAGCUCGGAAUAAAGAGACCUAAGUUUUGAUAUCUACCUAAGUGUUGAUAUCUUUAUGUUUAUACACUAUAAAUACCACAUGAUCAGGCAUGUUGGUCUUUAUGACAUUUUUGUCAUUUCCAGGUUAAUUGCUGCACGUCUGUCAUCAUGAGUGUUGUUAGGAUGUGAAUAGUCAGAAGUUAACAGAAAUAGUUCUCAUGGAUAUAUUCGUAGAAAUACAGUAGAUUCCACUUAAUCGCAUAUCUGUCAAUUGCAUAUUCCUGGUAAUUGCAUAAAAUGUUGACAUCUCCUAUGUCUUUAAUGUAAAUAGUUAUUGUUCAUUGCAUAGGUUUUACGUGCCAUUCCUAUUAAUUCCUGUUUAUUGCAUAAAAAAUCAAAACUGACUAAAAAACCCUGCUAUUUUGAGAAAUGUUAUUGACAUUUUUGCAGAUAUUUUAUUAAAGGAUGUCAGAAACAGAAUGGCAAAAGCUUUAUUUUUACAAUGACUUUCUUUUCAUAGCAAAAUGUUCUCUUGCAUAUGUUUGUAAAGCCAUCGGUUGAUUUCUGCUAGUCUUGUAACAAGUUUUUAUGCUCCCAGUAUGGAUAAAAACUUUUUUAAACAUUACUGUUACUUGUAUAUUCCUGUCAAUUGAAUAUUUUUUCACUAACAAAAUAGUUAGUUAACUGAAUAUUUUUUCACUAACAAAAGAGUUAUGCGAUUAAGAGGAAUCCACUGGUAUUUUUUCUGUUUUUGUUUUUUUUUGUUUUUAAGGAUCACUGGAUAUUGACCCUUGAUCCUGACACAUAAUACUAACUUAGUUGUACUUGUAAUUGUAUACAUAUGGAUUUAGAUUUCUUAUCACACAUGUUUGGUAGUAAGAGUAAUGGAAAUUCUAUAUUUGUUAUAUGAUAUAUAAUGCAAAACUGGGAUGUUGUAGAAGUAAAGCUUAAAAUGGUACAUAAUAGAGUUAUUACUUUCUAAUGUUGGUCGUCCUGCAUGUAUUACUCGCUGUAUGUGCUUUAAUUCUGCACCCAUGCCCAGUGCAACUGAAGCAAAUACCAAUCUUAAACAACAUGUUUCUGGUGGGGUCUGUAAUUUUCCCAAGACCAUGUCCUUCAACUGAUAAAAAGACAGAUAUACAUGUACACACAUGUUAUAUGUAUAUAUGAUAAGGGUGUGACAUACUGGUUAGAUAGUGCAUUUAUGUUUGAUAAACCCAGCAUUUGCAGAA